CUCAGCUUCGGGGUCUCCCCCUUCCCCUUCCCGUGACACCGACUCGACUGAAGGAAGGAAAAUAAAUAACAUCAAUAAAAUAACACUGCUAAUGGUUCUGUUGAAGCAAACCCGGAUGUGUAACCUGGAGAACAAAGCUGUGUUGUGUACUUUGUUAGAGAUGUGUGUGGAAAUGUGUGUGUGUGAGUUUGCUCAUGUUUAAUGAGUGACAAAAGGCGGUGAACGGGCUGGGUCCGUUAGGGUCCGUGAGGGUCCGUGAGGGUCCGUGAGGGUUAGUGUCGGCUCGGUUAGGGUGAAACAUUCCCGGGAUGGAGCAGGAGGGUUAUCCCGGGACAGUGCUGAUCCCGGAGGCCGGGGUGGAGUGUCUCCGGGCCGAGCUCGAGCGCCUGUCCCGGGAGCUGAGCGAGACGAGCCGGGAUAAGAUCCGCGCGGCGGAGUACGGGCUGGCGGUGCUGGAGGAGAAGCAGCAGCUCCAGCAGCGCCAUGAGGAGCUGGAGACCGAACACGAAGCCCUCAGACACGAGCUGGACCAACUCAAAGAGGCGUACGGUCACGCCCACUCCGCCCAGAGGAAGGUUGCGGAGGACGGCGAGAGUCGUGAGGAGUCCCUCAUCCUGGAGUCGGCAUCUAAGGAGGCGUAUUACGAGCAGAGGGUGCAGGAGCUGCAGGCCGAGCUGAGGCAGGCCAAAACCGCGCUCACCAGCACGCAGAGCGAGAACGAGCGUCUGAGUAGCCUCGCGCUCGAGAUCAGGGAGAAUGCUGAGCUGCUGGAGCUGCAGCGCACUCGCCUGCGCGACGACAUCCGAGAAUAUAAAGUCAGAGAGUCUCGUCUGCUGCAGGACUACAGCGAGCUGGAGGAGGAGAACAUCGGCCUGCAGAAACAAGUGUCCACGCUCAAACAGGGCCAGGUGGAGUUCGAGGGUCUAAAACACGAGAUCAGGAGGCUGGAGGAGGAGACGCAGUACCUGAACAGCCAGCUGGAGGAAGCCGUGCGGCUGCGUGAGAUCGGCGAGCGUCAGCUGAGCGAGGCUCUGGAGACGGUGAAGAGCGAGCGGGAGCAGAAGGCGGCGCUGCGCAAAGAGCUCACGCAUCACAUGACCCUGGGAGACUCUCUCUUCGGCGGCUCGCUGGACGGACUCAGACUGGGCGAUUCGAGCGAGCCCAACAACGACGAGGCCAUGCGCGCCCUUGAGAACGGGCUCGCAAAGAUGUCCGACGACAACGAGGACGUUGAUAACGUUUCGUCCAUGCCGAAGAAGAGCCUGGUGGACGAUCUGCUGAGCGAACUGAACAUCUGCGAGAUCCAGAAGCUCAAACAGCAGCUGCACCAGGUGGAGCGAGAGAAGGUGGCGCUGCUCUCCUCCCUCCAGGAGUCUCAGAAGCAGUUAGCGCAGACGCGUGGAGCAUUAGCGCGCCUGAGCGAUGACUUUGGAGCCGCGCGACGUGUCCAGGUCGCAAAGGACAGCGAGAAAGGGAAGGACAGUGGCGAGGACGGAGACGUGGACUAUUAUGAGCUGGACAUUCACGGCCCUGAGAUCCUGCGCUGCAAAUACGAGGCGUCAGUGGCUGAGGCUGGAGAGCUGAGGGAGGAGCUUAAGUUGGUGAAGGCGGAGCUUGAGGAGAUUAGGGCAUCGCAUGAGGAGGUGCGGGCACGGCUGGAGAGCCAGGUGCGUGACCUCUCGUCUCAGGUGUGUUCAUUGGAGAGCGAUGGGCGAGCGGAGCGGGCACAGCUGGCACGGCUGCAGCGGGAGUUGGACGAGGUGAACACGGCCGCAGGCGAGACCCGGAGGACCCUCGGAGUGGCACAGGACGAGCUGGCGUCGUUCAGCGAGGAGCUGGCUAACCUCUACCAUCACGUCUGUGUGUGCAACAACGAGACGCCCAGCCGCGUCACGCUCGACUUCUACAGAGAAGGGAAAGACAGCAAAGACAGGAAGGAAGGCGAAGAGGAGAAAACGGACAACAAGAGCUCGGCGAGAGACGCGAGGAAAGAGCCGAUGGACGUGUGUGUCCUGGCGGCGAUGAUUCGGGAGCAGAUGCGGCACCUGCAGCAGGCCGUGGAGCGAGGUACACAGCUGGCGAGGCAGAGGCUGGCACCACUGGAGCUCGCAACCGUGCCUGAUAUAGAGCAGGCGGCCUGCAUGGAGGAGAUCUUCAAACUCAGGUCACUGCUGAGCACCAAACGGGAGCAAAUCGCCACGCUCAGGGCCGUGCUCAAGGCCAACAAACAGACGGCCGAGGUCGCUCUCGCCAACCUGAAGAGUAAGUACGCUAACGAGAAGACCAUCGUCACGGAGACCAUGCAGAAGCUCAGGAACGAGCUGAAGGCUCUGAAAGAGGACGCGGCUACGUUCUCCUCCCUCAGAGCCAUGUUCGCCACCAGAUGUGACGAGUACGUGAUCCAGCUGGACGACAUGCAGAGGCAGCUGGCGGCCGCCGAGGACGAGAAGAAGACGCUGAACUCGUUGCUGCGCAUGGCCAUCCAGCAGAAACUCGCGCUCACGCAGCGCCUCGAGGACCUCGAGUUCCACAACGAGCAGGAGCGCAGGGGAAGCGCCGCCGCCACCACCGCCGCCUCGGCCCGCGCCAAAGGGCCCUUCUCUAAGAGCAAGAACCUGCACUAAUUGUAGUUGCCAAGGAGAAUUUCCCUCAAAGUGGCUUAAUCCCUGACUGCAGACGUCCUGCUUUAUACACACACACACACACACACACACACAAUAUGGCGCCCCUAUUCGUUUUUUAUGUUUUUCUGUUUAAUUUAAUUCACACCUUUGACACAUUUUGUAACACGUUUCUAUGUAUUUCAGGUCAUGUGACGCCUUAUUUGACAGUUUUACGAAAGCACAUAUGUAUUUCAGGUCCACGAACAUCGGUUUAUAAUUAAGGAGCAUCGUUUUACAGUCGUUCUGCCUUUUAGUCUUAAUUUAUUUUUUAAUAAACUGAAUAUGCAGAACGUCCUGCAGUGGGGGAGAUAAACACGUGUGAUGACGUGGAAAGACUGACGGUUUUCCAUGGGAGAUGAGCGGUUUUUUCUUUUCUUAAACCACAUUUUUUCAGUAGGAUGUGAUGUCACAACGCAGGACAUGUCGACGUGGGUGAUGUUGACAAAAGGAUUGGUGACUUCUUUUUUUUCCUUCUUAAUUUAAAACUAAUAGAUGAUUGUGUUCUAGUUACAAAAAUCGUCCUAAUAUCAACAGCUUAAAAAUAUUUUUCACCUCCUUUCGUCAGCUACCUCUUUAUCACGUCUUUAAUUUGAAGUAUUUAACAUAAAUGAUAAUAUAAAACUUUUUUUUGCUUGCUGUGUUCAGAAGCAAUCCAGGGAAAAUGAAUAUAUAAAUUGUGUGGAUGUCUUACUGUUUAAACGAAACGAUGAAUCGUACAUAGCGUACCAGCAUGUCGUUACUUCAGGAGGGUCACAAAAGCGUUGGCUUUAAUACACCAGAAACCAAACUGAGAUUGACUCGCGUCUCCGCUCCUCACUGUGGCAUAUCCUUGUUUUAAUACUGGUUUGGAGACACCCAAGUCGACUUCCCGUCAUCUCGUUUCCUACUGAUCAUAUCCCUGGGACUAAUAAAAUCACACAUAUGCCUCACCAUACACACACACACACACACACGAUCGGCUCAGAUGCUGAAAAGAGGUUUCCAUGGAAGCAUUUAAAGUGGUUACUGGAGAAUGAAUGAGCAAUGGCAUCGUCUACAUCACAAAGAAAGAUAGAAAGGUUCACAUAUCUGAAUUGGCCUGCUCCCCUACACACUGCUGCUGAUGUCUGGGAGGUGUCGUGCCUUUCCAAGUGGUGGAGGGAAGUGGACGAGGACGUGUCGAGAGCCGUAUUGAAACACGCUGCUUGGUUUAAGAUACGGGAGAUGUUAAAGUGUUUUCACUUGUGCCUUUAAUGAACGACUUUUUUUGCUUUGUUUUAAAACAGCGACAUCAGAGCAGCAGUCUCCUCUGUUAUUUCUGUUUUAUAUCUGGAACAUUUCUAACUUGCUAUUAAAGCCCAUCAGUGUUUAAUACUGCGCACAGGG